CAGCGGCGGGAAGGGGGCGCUAUCUUUUCGCGCCACUGAGACAAAGGAGACAAAGAUGGAGGUUACGUCGCCUAGUAUGUUGUCAGACCUUACACACGCAUAUGACAACUUAGAAUCUGUCAAAGUCCUUGUAGCCACUUUUAUAGAUGAGAAAGAGAUUUGUAAAAAAAUUCUUCAUGUCAGCAGUGCCAAAGACAUCAUAGGUCAAAGCCAAGCUCAGCACAUGGGCUGUGUGCUUGAUAGGUUGCUAAAGUAUAACACUGAUUUCAUGGAAUAUAUUGAUGUUGACAGUGAGGUAGACGUUAAGGACUUUGAUAGAUUCCAUAUCUUCCUGUCAGCCAGAGGGCCACCAAUGGAAACCUUUCUUGGGGAGAUUAGACAAAAUCAGUCUACCAUUACCACUGAAGAACAAAGUCAACCCCUGAAGUCACUACUCAAGAGGAAAGCCCCACAGAUUCUUAAGGAGUAUGAAACUACAGGUACCCUGUCAGUGCCAUCAAGGAAGCUUCUUGUGAAGACUUGCAUUGGGGAUUUGGUGGAGAGGUGUGGUUAUUACCCUCUUAGUGCAGAGAAGCUGACUGUAGCAAAAAGCAUCAUCACCACUUUUCCAUCCCUGAGUGUCCGAGUGGCAGGACAGGGGGAAGGAUUUGAGCAUUAUUAUGAUCCAGUCUCUCAUUGUGGAUUCCUAGAGACUAAACUGCGCAACCUUAGACAGAAUCUUGACCAGGGGCAGAGACGUUAUAAGAAGCGAAAAGUGACAGAUGACUGUGGUGAAGACAAGAAGCUCAGGCAAGAGGAUGGGAAUAUCAGCAGCACAGAUGAGUGGGUCACCCUGAUCAAAAGAUUGCGGCCCUCAGCUGAGAACCUUCCAACUAUCAUGUCAGGCAUGGAGGAAACAUACACCAGUCGCAGAGCCUGGAUUAGCAAGGACUCCCCCACUGCUGCUGAAAUAUUGAGAGAGUACCCACGGUUUUUGGACAUGCCAAGUCUGAUCCCCAGGAGGUGAUCACAGUGAAGCAGGGAGAGGACGUCACUCUCCAGUGUUGGGGUUUCGCAGAUGCUCCCAUCGAGCUGCUGGAGUGGAGCAGACCUGAGCUGACAGACUACGUGUUUUACUACAGAGAGCAGCGCUCCUAUGAAAAAUAUCAGCAUCAGUCUUACAAAGGCCGGGUGAAGCUGAGAGACCCGGAGAUGAAGAAUGGAGACUUUUCAGUGAUUCUGAAGGAAGUCACCUUCAAUGAUACGGGCAGAUAUGAGUGUUUGGUUGGAACGAGGAGAACGAGAGACAAGCGGAGCUCCAUCAGUGUCAGGGUGGAACAGACUACUAAAGAUACCUCGGGUGGAGGAAAGACUGAGAGAGAAAACAGGGAUGUUGGAGGGAACAUGGAGAGAGAAAAGUGGCGUGUUGGACAGAUAGCAGCCAUAGUGAUUUUAGUGUUUGUAGCAACUGCAUUGAUUUUACUGUUUGGGGUGGUUGUAGCUGUGGGGGUACAGCAGGUUCCCUACUAAUGGGAGGGUUUGUGUGGUUUGAUCCCUGUCUGCUCCAGUCUGCAUCCUAAAUAUCCUCAGGGAAGAUACUUACCCCAAGUUGCUCUCAGAUGCAGUCAUUGGAGUCUAAAUGUUAGACAGAAAGCUCUGACACAGAAAAAGUGCUGGUGUGAGUGUUUGAAUGAGGCAAGUUGUGUAGAAAAGUGUUACAUAAGAGCCAGUCUACUGUUUACUGAUUAUUGUCGUCUCCGUUGCUUCUAACACAAAGAUCAGAGACAAACAAACCUGUGGGGAUCUCCUGCAGAGCGAUGAAGCUGGAAACGAGCUGCACUGAAAUGUCACCUGAUUCUUGAGUCUGCUGUUACUGUUACAGUUUGAGUUGAUGGUACAGUCCCCAAAGAAAAAUGAAUACAAGAGAAAAUAUAACUACAACACAGCUAAAAGGCAAUUAUAUUUAUUAAACUGUAACUCUAAAUUAUUUUAAUAACUAAUAUUUUUGGAAAAAUGUUUAAGGUGCUGCAAAAUAUUUUUUUUUUUCCUAAAAGUGUUUAUUUGGUGCCAAACAGCUGUAUGGCUCAUGUGUUUUUCCUCUUUGUUAAUAAUGGUACUAUGUGCUGUAUUUGUCACUGAACACUUUACAACUCGAUGAGAUAAAAUAUUUUCUAAGAAGUUAUUAUAUUUACAAGUGUUUUAUACUGUUGUUCACUGAUGAGGACCAUCUUCCCCUCCACUGUGAACAAAUGCUGUUUGCUGUUUAUUCCUGAUGUCUUUACAAAGUUUUUUUUAAACUCCUGCACAGUUGGCACGGUGUACCUAUAAUUUUGUUUUACAUGUACAAUGACAAUAAAUUCUGUUCAAUUCUAUCAGAUGAGGCAGAAAGUUCUUAAAUCACAGAUGUGGAUCAUUGUUAUCACUGUAGAGU